AUGUUUGAGUUCACUCAGAUAUCGCCUUUGAGCGUGGCGUGCGUUGACAAAGGUGGCAACAAAGGCUUUGUUAUCUUUCUCGAACGCUCCUGCACUGUUACAAACACCGUCGGCCAGCGCCAGUCUCUGGGCUUACUCAGUUUCCACUUACAACACAUCCUCUUCGACGACUAUGGAGACUCCAGCAAGAAUCUCGAAGCGGACAAUGACGAAGUGCCUGGCCCCAUGGUAUGUGCGCCUCCAAAGGCAACCCAAGGUCGCAAAUCGGAGGAGAAUAACAUGCAGUUGAAAAUGAACAAGAACAUCACAAAGAGUGAGGCAGCACAACGACUGGCAUGGAAAAGCUUCUCAGCGACGGAGAGAGAUCGGAUCGACCGUGGACGAGAGGCGAUGAUGGAGUCAGGGCUUAUAGUGGACGAUUUGAACAGCGAGCAACGCGGCACAAAGAACGGUCUGCCAGAAUGGCGAAAGAAGAACACCGGAAAGUUCGCCAGAGAGAAGAGGAAUGCUAUCUAG